GCCACAUGACCAGAAGCUGUUAUCAGAGCUAGCUUGCUGUUAGCUACCAGCGCUAGCUUGCUGUGCUGGUGUGUGAGGGGAACCUCUGAGGCUCUGCAGCAACAAUGUCUUCAGCUCAGUCUCUGAGAGAGGUGAUCAGAGAGCGGCUAACUGCUGCUGCUGCAGAAAUCUUCUCCGAGUUUGAAAAAACCAUCGUCCGCUACGAGGAAGAGAUCGAUCGUCAGCGCAGACUGCUGGAGAUCAGCUGGAAACCACAGAUCAACUUACACAGAAUAGAACUCCCACUGCAUUAUGUCAGGACAGAUGAGGAGGUUCUGACUGACCAGCAGCUCUGGAACCAGGAGAGGACCUCCAGUUUGGAGCAGGAACAAGCAGAACCUUUACAGGAGGGACCAGAACCUCCACAGAUGAAAGUGGAGCAGGAUGAGCCAGAACCUUUGCAGAUAGUAAAACAAGAGGAGCUCUGCAUCAGUCCGGAUGAAGAGCAGUGUGUACUGAAGCAGGAGACGGUGACCUCCCUUGUGACUCCUGCUGGUGAGGAAAGAGACCACGAUGAAGCAGAACCAGACAGACACCAACUCCUUUUGUCACUGCUUCCUGAGGCUGAGAUCAGAGCUGCUGCUGCUCUGGGGUCAACAGGCAACAGUUCCAGACCGAAAUUUCACUGUGUACCUAAAUUACAUGAAAGACAAAUGUCAUCAUUACAUGAUGCUAUAAAGGAGAUAAUCCUUAAGACCUUGCCCAGCCUUUGUGAAGACAUCCAAGAAAGCAUUAUUUCCACACUUGAAAACUGUGGGGCUGAGUCUGUGGAAGACCUGAAGUAUAUCCAGCAAGAUGACAUCAAAGAUCUGCUGCCUGUCAUUCAACAACGCAAGUUGUUGGAGAAAUUCAAACAAGAGACAGACAUAGUCACACUAGACUUGGAGAUUAUUUCAAGUCCCUCAACUGUAUCCCCUUUUUCAAGUCCUUCAACUUCCUCCACAUCAUCAGUUUCACUACACACUUCAGCAAAGCAACCACCUCAUGUACCAUGUCGAUAUGAUGCACAAAAUAUAUCCCAGUCUUGGCCAGAAACCUUCCAAGUCCCAUGGGAAAAGAUGCCACUGGAAAUUCAGACAGCAAUCUCAGAAGGCAAAAGACCCCCUCCUGACAAGAGGCGUCAAAUGAUAAGAAUACUUGCUGAUGAAGUGCAGAAGUACGAGGCUAAUCCCACACGUUCACAAUGCCUUACAAUCUGCCAGAAGAUAUCCCGUCAAUACCUAGAUACCUUUGCAGAUAUGACACCAAGUGGAAAGGUCAUUGCUGGAGGGUAUAGUUCUCUACUCUCUCAACUCAAAACAAGACUCGAGAAUGUCAACCGUUCUGGGAAAUUUCGAAGAUUCAGAUCAUCAGGACCCAGUGGAAUGGCUGGAGUCAAACGGGGACCAACUGAUACGUAUGGAUGUACAAGAUUCCAGCCAGAACUUCCUCCAGAGGAAACUGAUGACACAGUGGAAGAGAAACGUCAAAGAUUACAGAGCACUCACAGCAAGUAUGGCAUUCACGGAGAGGAUAGGCCUGAAGUGACUGAUUUGAUGAACACCACAUUUAGCCUUCAGCGCAAACAUAUAAACAGGAUCCCUGCCCCCUCCUUAGCUGAUCUGCAAACCAGCUGGCCUUACCUGUUUACACAAUGUGGAAUCUUUUCUCACUUUGAGUUGCUGACUGAUGUUGCCAUCCUCCGUGCCUUGGAACUGUCAAUUGAGGAGUGUGGUAAUGCCAUUGUGGAGUACUUCCGCACUAAAGUCAAGACUGCUGAUGUCCAGAAAAUCCUGGCACAAGAAGCAACUGAUGAUCUAACAUUCCUUGUUGUCCAGCUUUUGAUGGCUCACUUCAAGGAGUCCCCUGAUGGGCUGAUUCUGACUACUGAUGAGUUUGCAACGGCAGCGGAUGUCGAAACCAGCCUAAGUUUGCCAGCCAGCCCUCGUCUGAUUUUGCGUGGCAAUGAGCAAAAACUGAGUGGGUGGAUGGUCAGUGCUGAAGGCCAUGUCAUCUUUGAGGGGGUCCUGCCAACAUUUUCAACAGGGCUUGCAGCGGUGUUUGCCACAUUUUACAUCUUCAACCUGCAAUAUCAAGAUGAGGCAGCAAAGACUUUGGAGUUUGUGCAACGGCGUUUCAUUGGGAUUAACCCAGAGAGAGGCACAAAAUCCUACCAAGGAAAGGUGGUGUCCAAAAAGACAGGGAAGGCCGUCCAAAAGAAACUGCAGACAGUGAAUGCGCACGUUUCUACCCUGAUAAAAAAUCUUAUGGACUUUGAGUGGCACUUCAUACAGUAAGUGACACUCCUGUUAACAAAGUCAUUGUUGACUAUUUAUAAUCCUGUUCAGGAUAAUAAAGCAUGUUUUUCUGUAGCCAUGUUAAAAUGUUAUGGUUGGGUACUUAUCAUUUACCCAGUGAUUCAGCAAAGCAUUUGUACUAGGUCAUUUUCUUUAGAGUUUUUAUUUUUUUGGAUCUUAGAAUUGUUAAAACUGAUUAUGUAAAAGACUGCAAUCUGCACUUUUUUUUCUUUUUAUUGAAUCUUAAUUGCAGCCAUGGACAUUUUAUUUGUUAUGUGGCCAGUUUUUUAACUAUUCCCUGCCAUGGAAAUGCAUGUUUCUAAUUUAAUUUGUAAGAACAAAACUGCGUAUGGUUUAUUGUUGCAUAUUGGUUUAUAAAUAAACAUUCAGACCUAU